AUGGAUGCCACGCAACCACAGCCCGCGCCGGGCAGUCUUAGCUGGCGCCUCAGCGCGCAUCCCAUUACGCUGCUCACGUUUCUGGGAUUCCGGAUAUCAAGUGUCCUGAUCUACUUUCUCGGUCUGUGGAUCAUAAAAAGCAUGAUCAUGAUCUUCAUCAUCACGAUUCUCCUCCUGGCCGCCGACUUCUACUACAUCAAAAACAUUGCCGGCCGUCGCCUUGUAGGUCUGCGCUGGUGGAAUGAGGUCGAUCCCCAGACGGGAGAGUCGCAGUGGGUAUUUGAGAGCAGCGAGCCAGGUACCAAGACUGUCAACCCGACUGAUAGCCGCUUUUUCUGGCUCGCUCUGUAUAUCCAGCCUAUGUUGUGGGUUCUCAUGGCUAUUCUUGCUCUUGUGCGACUGCAGUUCUUGUGGUUGCCCCUCGUUGUUAUUGCUCUUGUCCUCACCAUCAUGAACACUCUAGCCUUCUCGCGAUGUGACAAGUUCAGCAACGCUUCCAGCAUCGCUGGUAGCGCUUUUGGAACGGGCAACCUAGCCGGAAGCCUCGCAAGCAACAUGGUCAGCAACUGGUUUUCUCGCAGCUAG